GAUUCGGCUGCUUCUGCUUCAUGGCUUCAUGCAAAGUGAUCGAUUACCUCGUGUCAAUUCAGUUUCAAAUUUUUUUAUAUGUAUGGAUAAUUGUGUUGUCUAUUUGAAGAAAAUUAAUAUAAAUUUUUCACGAUUGUAACUGCAAGCUGUUUAAAAAAUGAGUAACACAGGUUCGGAUCCUGCAACCGGAAGUGGUCAGCAACCACAGACUUAUAAGAGGAAAAUUAGGCUGAUAAAUGAGUGUAGGACAGGGUCUAUUUCAUCAGUUACUGAAAAUGUUGGUCCAGUUGCAAAGAAGAAAUUUACCCCAACAAUUCCACCGACCCGUGCAAAGGAAACAGUAGAUUCUAAGUUGCUGACAGAAAGAAGACCAGUUCAGCCAUACAGGGGAGUUCCGCAAAGGCAACACCGUGGAAGAGGAGGUCAUUUAAGAAAUGAUAUGAGAUGGCAGGCCCAACAAGGAUUUCAGCCUCCGCCUGAGUACAAGCCUCCAGCACCAUGGCAGCAACCUAACAUACUAAUUCAGACAGAAGGAUCUUUGUUUGGUCAGGGAGUAGCUGAUACAGGAAAAGUAAAGCGUGUUACAAGAUCGAAUCAAUCUAAAAUCCAGGCAGGCUUUGAUCCUGUUAUGUUUGCAUUGAAUGCUGUUGAUCAAUAUGAAGAUAUACAAAAUAAUAACAUGGUAAAUCCAGUUGUGGUUAAUUCAAAGUCAACAUUAUCAACUGUUGUGAAAACAAGUGAAGAACCACACCAUCAAAUGGAUCGGUUUGUGUUGUUGAGAGGCAGCCAAAUUAAAAAUGAAGAUCAGGUGGUUGUAAAUCAACAAAUGUUUGAAAAGCUUAAGUACCAUCAAAUAGAAGGUAUAAAGUUUAUGUGGAAUGCCUGCUUUACAACCAAUUCCAGUGCUGGCUGUGUCCUUGCACAUUGUAUGGGUUUGGGCAAAAGCCUGCAGGUAGUGACACUGUCUCAUACUGUGCUAACGAACGCCAUAUGUGAGGUGAAUCGUGUGAUGGUGGUUUGUCCACUUAGCACGGUCUUCAAUUGGGAAAACGAGUUCAAAAUUUGGCUUCCUGGAGAAACAUUUGUAACCUUGAAUGUAUGCGAGUUAGCUAGCAGUAAAAUCAACAAGGCAAGGGAGGCAAAGAUUACCAGAUGGCUCCAUUUCGGGGGAGUUUUAAUUAUUGGAUAUGAAAUGUUUCGGACACUAACCAAACAGAAAAAGAAGCGCUCGGAGCAGGACGAAUUAUUCUGGCGAGCUUUAGUUGAUCCUGGACCAGAUCUUCUCGUUUGUGAUGAAGGACAUUUGCUCAAGAAUGAGGAUUCUGAUAUUUACAAAGCUAUGAAUCAGAUUUCUACUCGACGACGAAUCAUGUUAACUGGCACACCUCUUCAAAAUAAUCUGUUUGAAUUCUUUACAAUGGUUCAAUUCGUCCAUCCUGGUCAACUGGGCACGAAAACGGAAUUUGGUAAAAACUUUGUAAAAGUGUUGGAAAAAGGACAAACUGUCGACUCCACACAGUCAGAUGUUCGAGCCAUGAAACGGCGAGCUCUUAUUCUUCAUAAACUGCUUGAAAAUACUGUUCAGCGUUUUGACAGCAACGUCCUUGCACCAUUUUUACCACCUAAAUUAGAAUAUGUGGUUUCUGUGAGGAUGUCAGAACUCCAAAUCAAACUGUAUCUUCAUUAUUUGGAAAACUUCACCAAGGGAGGUGCUAUUCAACCCUCCGGAAGUAAAGUGGAGAGUGCAGGACUGUUCAGCGACUAUCAACAGCUUUCUCGAGUGUGGACUCAUCCCAAGGCUUUACUGUUGGCUUUCUGUCGUCGUGAUGCAAAGAAUAGACCUGACUCGAAAACGAGAAAGAAUGCGAAAAACGAAGAAGAAGAUAUCAGUUGGACGAAGGAGCCAGACUUAGAAGACGACGGGUGCAUACAAGAUUCAGAGGACCCGGCGUCAAGCAGUCCUUGGUGGUCCGAUCUGAUUUCUGAUGACGAGAUCAAUAACAUCAAGCAUAGUGGGAAAAUGCUUCUGUUGAUGGAUAUUCUUAGGCAUUGCGAGGUGAUUGGUGACAAAUUACUGGUUUUUAGCCAGUCACUCACUAGUCUUGACCUAAUUGAAGAAUUCCUCGCCAUCGAAGAAUUUAAGAAUCAAAGUAGGAGCGCCGAUAAAACUACUGAGUUCUCUGGGACAUGGAGCAUCAACACAGACUAUUUUCGUCUGGAUGGUUCAACAUCUUCAGAACAGCGUCUGAAAUGGUGCAGUGCAUUUAACGAUCCUAAAAAUCCCCGGGCUCGCUUGUUUCUCAUCUCCACUAGAGCUGGGGGUAUAGGCAUUAAUUUGAUAGGUGCCAAUCGUGCAAUUAUCUUUGAUGCAUCGUGGAAUCCUUCGCAAGAUCUACAAAGUGUCUUCCGUGUUUACAGGUUAGGACAAAAGAAGCCGUGUUACGUGUAUCGCUUUGUAGCUCAGGGGACUAUGGAGGAAAAAGUCUACUAUCGUCAAGUCGCCAAGCUUUCAUUGUCACGCCGUAUUGUUGACGAAGAGCAAAUGGAUCGUUACUUUGCUUCUAACGAUCUGACUGACCUGUACAGUUUUGAUGUCGAUGGCCAACUACGUUUACCGGACUCUGUUCUUGGGCACGAAAACUCUUUGCAUCCUAACGAUGAAUUGUUGAGUGACCUCGCAGUACGCAUGAAAGAAUGGAUAGGUGCGUAUCGGGAACACGAUUCCUUGCUUCAAAACCGGCCCGAAGAAUAUAUUGAAACUGCCGAACGAGAAGCUAUAUGGAAGAUAUUCCAAGAAACAAAAGUUCCUGUUUCCAGCCAAGAAGUCCCAAAUUAAUGUUGGCUUUUUUAAGACUAUGUUUGGUCUUUCACAAAUUCUUUUUCUUUAGAUUGAAGAAAUCAAAUUUUAUUUUUGAUUGUCAGUUUAAUAUAGGGCAUUGGUUGGUUAUGA